AGCGGGGAUUAGGGUGAUCACAGGAUCCCGCCGCCGGUCCCGUCGCCAACUCAGACUGACUCACACGCCGUCGCCGGCCACCCGCCCAUUGACCCCAACUCCGGUGACGGCCAUGCCCCCAGUUGCAAUCUACCUCUACAUCCACAUCUUCAUUCUCCUCGUCCACCGCUGCCUUUCCGCCGCCGCAUAUGCCCCCGCGUCCCCUCCUUCGGCGUCUCCUCCCGCCCAGCCGGUGAGGGUGUACAGGGAAGGCGUGGAGGUCUUCUUCGACAGGGAGACCGAGGUGCGCACGUUCGAGUGCAUGUCGCGGCACGGCCACGGCCCCCGCCUCCUCGGCCGCUUCCCCAACGGCCGCGUCGAGGAGUUCAUCCACACCAGGAGCAUGUGCCAAAGCCUUUGUCAGAUGGAGGUACUUUCGAAGGUUGAAGUGAGGUUCAGUCCGCGGCCGUCAAGAAUGCCUGUGGUGUGGAGUCAUCAUCGCCAAGCUGAAGAUUAG